UUGCUAAGUUAGAAGUUUUUCCCAAGCUUAAUUUUGUGUUUCAGAUUCCUAUUUUGGCUAACAAUUUUUCUUUUUUAAUGUUUAUUAACUUUCUUACUUGACUAUCUCUAUGAGUUUGAUACUGCAGAAAUUGUUUGAGUUCAAUAUUUAUGGUAUCUCAGUUAUGAUUUUCUUUUGUAAGACUCAAAAAGAGGGUUACUUCUUUUUGCAAUGCAUAGCUGAUUCUUCAUAUUCUGUGUUGUACAGAUGGCAAGGCAGGCAGAUUCUUCUGCCUUAAGUCCCGAAGUAGUUGGGAAUGCCUUUCUGGAGCAAUACUACAGUAUUCUUUGUCAAUCACCUGAUAAUGUUCACAGAUUUUAUCAGGAAUCAAAUAUGCUAAGCCGGCCAGAUCCUUCCGGUGCUAUGAGACGACCAUCAAAGGCAUAAAUGACAAGAUUUUGUCUAUGGACUAUCAGAAUUUUAAGAUAUGUGGAUGAAAAUCAAGAAAUGGAAGACAAAGAAGAAUCUAAAGGGGUUGUAAAUAAUAAAGCUGAUGACAGUGCUCCAACAACUCCUUUGGUUGCUGAUCCUGAGCCAAUUCAUGCUCCCAAUAACCAUGUUGUGAAUCACAAUUCACCAACCCCUGCAAAUGAGGACACUGAAAACAGCAAAGAAGCCAGUCAUCCUUUGGACAAUGGAAAAGUUUUGGUGGCUGAGAAAGUGGUUGUUCCAGAGCAUCCAAUCGUUUCAAGCCAGAAUGAUGCCCCUCCGGUCACAAAGACCCCUGCUUCUAAAACACAAGACGAAGUCCCCAAGAAAUCUUUUGCAUCAGUGGUACAUGAUUUGAAGAAGAGUAAUUCUCCAUUUAAUGUUGUUCUGAGGGUUCCACCUGUUAAAUUUGUGGAACAAUCACGGGUCACUGCAGCAGCAGCUAUAGAAACUGCUCCUAAUAGCAACAGUUCCGUGGAUAAAAACAAUAAUAAUGCAGCAGUUAAGGGUCACUCCAUAUUUGCUGGAAACUUGCCUGAUACUGCAACAGCUGGACAACUUGAGGUGGUUUUUGAGCAAUUUGGGCCUAUUAAACCAGAUGGCAUUCAAGUUAGAAGUCAGAAGCAAACAGGGAACUGUUUUGGUUUUGUAGAAUUUGAAUCUGCCAGUUCAGAGCAAAGUGUGCUCAAGGCUUCUCCUAUUUCAAUUGGCAAUCGAAGAGCUGCCAUUGAAGUAAAGCGAGUUUAGUGGAAGUUCCAAUAAUCCAUCUUCGGCUCUUACAAUCACACCUCUGUCGAUUCACUCGCUCUCCAUCUCACACGCCACUGCUCUAUCAUCUCCUCCAUACGACACCACAAUCACCUCCAGAUGCGUCACCGUCGUCCUACUUCUGGCACUUGCCGGUUACCUCUCGAUUCUUCCACUCCGGUCUCGCGAUUUAGCGUAUUGGUGGUGCAGCUAGAGUCUAUAGUCGCCUCCGCAUCGCAACAAUCGACUGACCCUCUCCUCUGCAUCAAUCUCCUCUCCGAUCUCAUCUCUGCCAUCAACAAAGAGCCCAAGGUCGGUCGAUCUAAAUGGUGUGCUGGGAGAAAUUUGCAAGGUACUUUGAGGUGGAGCUGAAGGAGGUGAAGCUAAGAGAUGGAUACAAUGUAAUGGACCCUCAAAAAGCAGUUUAAAUGAACAGAAUGAUGGAGGACCAGAUUGUUUCACAUACUGUCAAGUCUCAUGGAGUUAGAGUUGCAAGGACACACAAGCAUGAUUGGCUGAUACUUUUGCUUCUUGUGGUGAUAAUUGCCAUCCUCUUGCUUAUGCACCCAUUUUGCCGUUUUGUUGGGAAGGAUAUGAUGAUUGAUCUUAGAUACCCCUUGAAAAGUAAUACAGUACCCUUUUGGGCAGUUCUAGUUGGCAAUAAAGAAGACAUAUAUAAGCCAACAAAUCUUCAAUGAAUUGAUAUCUUCUCAUGGUCUUACUGAUGCUUCUGUGGAAGCUUUCCGAGAUUGUGCUCUACAGAUUUUUAGGACUCUGUGUUAAUGGCUUUGGGAUCAUUGGUGCAAUUAUUCAUGGGGUUUCAGUUCCUGUUUUCUUUAUAUGUUUUAGGAAGAUGAUCAAUAUUAUUGGAUUGGCUUAUCUUGGCUUAUCUUGCCCCCAGAAUAGCUUCUCACAAAAUUGCGAAGUCACAAUGGCAACCCAAGAAGUGGAGAAGAAAUCACAAGACACAGUUCUAGAAGAGUUUCAUCAGCUGGCUAGGAAACUUAGGAAAGAUGAAGAGGGAGCACACCUUCAGGUUC